UGCAUUAUCAUUACCGAGUGUACUUCCUCAUUCAGUCAGUCUUAAUCUUCAGGACAGUACAGAACGAGACAUAAUGUGGUUUUACAAAAUAAUGUGCGUCAUUAUGUUGGCUACGGAUACUGUACACGGUACCGAGUACACGAUAUCCAAUGAAACGACAGACUGGAACCAUGCGAGUUGCAAAAUGGCCGUUCCCGAUCUCACGUACACGCAAAAAGAUGGUUGGCAUAUUGACACACAACAUUGGAGUCAAUUGAAUAUUUCUUCAGAUGGUGUUUGGAUUGGGUACAUCAAUGCCACUGUGGCGUUUGAAUACUUAGUUAUUUUAGGUUGCUUACAAGUGUCAAAACCAGUCGAAACACAAUUAUUGAACAACAUCGGUGACUGCAAUUUGAAGUGCAACGGAAACAUAUUCGGUGUGAAAAAGGACAGCCCAAGUACACAAGGUGUUAUUUGCCUGUGUAUCAGCAGCAGCGAUGACAUGACAGCCCAAUCCUGCACAGAAGUAUGUGACCAAGACUUUAGUUGUGGAAUGCAUAAUUCAGAUAACUUUGCAAUCUACAAGAAAACAAAAGUUUCUAGCACGAGCGAAGAUGAUCCUAAUUUUAAUUGUUUGAUAUUUCGUUCUUUGACAUUGCCUUUCAAAUGGCAGACUUGUAGAGAUGGUGGAAGUCAUAGACUUCUUUGCAGUAUUAAGAACUCAGACGGCCAGUGGGUCGCUUACAGCAUGAGCACGUUCCCGCCAUCGUGGGUGAAAGCAAAUGAAGGAUGUUUGUCCAACAAAACUUUGCCAGCGACACUAAACAGCAUAUUUAAAGGAAAAUUUAGUAAUGAUUUGAAUCAAGCUCAUUGGACAGGCGUCAUCCGAACACACACAGUGCUGAUGGCAGGCGAUCGAGAUUUUAUUACAAGACCUGGAGUACGGACAUAUUCAUUCGUGACAAAAAGUGGAAAAAUCUAUUUCGAUGAAAGCGAGAAUAGAAGCAGUCUGUGUACAGCGUCACGAGCCGCAACAACAACACCAACGUUUAACUUGUCCAAAGCCAUGGGCAUAGGAAUCGGCAUUUCAGUUGCAGUCAUUUGUAUAGUUGGGGCCACAAUUGCUAUAAUCGUUCUUAAGAAAAGGGGAAUAUUGCCCUGCAAACUUGGAGCAGACAAAGAACAACCGGCGGAUGGAACAAUUGCAUUUGAAGAAAACAUGACAUAUAAUAAAGGCCUUGACGACACUGUUAAUGAUCAUAAUUAUUUCAUACUGGAAAAAGGCUCACAAGCAGUAAAUGAAAAUAUCGACAAUUACAAUACCCCAUGUGAAGCAAAUCAAGGAAAUGGUGAAGAAGGUACUUACAAUUCAAUUGAGGACACAGAUGAACCAUAUACACAUUUUAAAGAUAGCAACGGUGUUUAUGACUACACGACCAAUAAUUUAACAAGUGGCUCGAAUACGAGAAAACCUGAUAAUGUCUACAACAAACUGAAGAUAAACCGACCAGGUGACUAUGAUCACGUAGAUGGACGUGAAUAUAAUGUUACCCAUGCAGGACACGACUACGAUACAACAUCUGCUGAUUUUGCUUCCAGUAAACGUAACGCUGACGUUAGUGAUUACAAUCAUAUCCGACACCCUGUUAAAGGGAAUGGUGACUUUGACAUCAAUACAGGGAGGAAGGUAACACUCGUCCCGAGCGAUACAUCGGGGUAUGCUCACGUCAAAAUUUAAAACAAAACAAUGAAGUAAAUAAACUAUGGAAUUUAUUUACCAUUAACUAUGUAUACUAUACUGCAAAUACGUAUUUCUUUUGUACAACUUUUACAAUAAAUGUAUAUGGCUGUGCUUAAUUCGACGAUGUACAUAGAAGAAAAAUAGAGAUCAUUAAAAAAGCAUGGAUUACCAAUAGAUCAACAACACUUGCCAUAGCAAUUGUAUCAUUAGUCUAUUAAAUAUAAGUGUGUUACAAUGACUGGCACAUUUCUACAAGAAAAAGUCAAAAUCUUAAGCGUACGUGCAUAAAUGUUAUGUUCCGUUUAUUUGCGUAAAUGUAAAUGUACGCUUACAUCAUUGCUCUAUGUCUAUUGAAACAAUAAUUAUUAGGGCCUAUUUUAGAUGUCUUAUAUAAUUAGUGAUUAAAGUAUAGCGAUUAUAUAGGUAGGCAACAAUUAUGUUAAUGUUACAAGUUUAUCGCCACUUCACAUGGGCACAUUAUAAUAAUAUCUAUUGAAUAUCCGUGUUAAUACUGAUAUUUCGUGCCUUCUUGACACUACAUUAUCGUUACGUUAGUUCUCAUUUUAAGAUAACUCAUUUAAUACUAAGUGUUUAUUGCAAUUUAUAAAGGUAUUUGUUCAGUAUGUGUUUUGUUUUCAGAGUAUGAUCACUGUGAACUUUCUAUUUCAUUCUGAUAUUCUGAGCUUAUAUAAUAUUGUCCCUAACAAUAAACCUUAAAUUCGUUUA